AUGUCGUUGGACGAACCACCCAUGAGUGCCAAGUUCAGACGCGGCCUCCGGAACUACAACGGCACCAGUCUCCUGGGUAUCAGCCGUAACGAGUGGUCCGCCGUCCGCGCUGUGAACAAGGAUGUCGAAGAGGCGCUGGUUGGCGUCUUCAAGCGCCUCUCAUUGUCAGAUGGUCAGGGCAAUGCAGUACGACCAUCGGUUGCAUUCAUUGAGGCGAAUCGUUGGAGUCACAGGCUCCCGCGCCUGUUCCUCAAAGAGUUCAGCCGCGUGCAGGAUCGUUCGGCUUUAGCGCGGCACUUCAACGCCGACCGUGUAAUCAGUUAUCUUUCAUCGCAGAGGAUCAGCGUCGAGCGGUUGGAAGGCUCGACGCUCGACUUGGACGGUCGCCUCCACCAGUAUAUUGACCUGCUGCUCCACAUUUGCUCCCGUGCCAAGGAUAUGGCCUCCGAGGUUAUCACUACGAGAACUGUCGUGCCCGAAGGGGAAAAGAACAAAGCGGAACCUGAUGUCGAACGCGAGGCAGACGAAACGGCAUCGUUUGAUGCGUACCAAUGUCCAUUCAAGAUAGAUUUGGUUACUGCUGAACAAAGACGUGAUUACGUUUCUGCGAAUGCGCCCAGCAUGGCCAUGCUGUUCCUGUCGUUGGCGUCUGCCGUCAACGACGCCUUGAAGCACAUAGCGUCUGUUGGCAACAUUGAUGUGUCUACGGUAGAGGAACGAUGCAUGCACCUUGACCUCUUUGUGGGUCGAAAGGGGGUCGGUAGGGGGUAUGUGCGCGACAUGCUAAUCGACUACCUAUCCUGGGGUUACUUGAAACUUAUACCUAAUGGCGAUCUGUCACGUGAUGCAACAUUGACCGAGAUGUUUGAAUAUGUGGCCUACGUUUCGAUCGACAACCUCGGCACCCUAGGCAGGAGCGUUGCCGACAUCGGAUUUUCUUUUGCACCUUGCGGCUUCAUGGUACCGUACAACCUGGGUAGUUUGAGCUUCCUGAGCGAAAUGAACAUCAUAAACACGACUACUCCGCUGACCGGUGGCUCCGCCGGCGCCAUAACGGUUGUGGCUGCGAGCACCAUGAAGCCCGACGUCAUUGAGCUCAUGCUGAUCACCGAGCAGCUGUGUGAGGAAGGCCGAACGAAGGGCCCGAUGAACAACCUGGACAAUAUGGUCAAAAACUCGUUGGAUAGGUGGAUGAUCCCCGGGAUGUACCGCGUGGCGAAUAAGAGGAUCGGCGAGCUGCGUGUCAGCAUGGCAUCCCGCAAGCAUUUGAAAUACAACGGGAAGGUCGUAUCGCAAUUCACCGACAACGACGACAUGCGAGACGCGGUUCGAGUAAGCUCCAAUAUUCCCGGGCUGUCAAGCAGUGAGCCUGUCUAUUUCCGCGGUGAGGUAUGCUACGACGGUUUCUUCGCCGCUGGUAGGACCGAUUUCGGCUGUUUGCCCACGGCAGCGACACGCACUGUGCGCAUAAAUCCGUUCAUGAUGGGCCGGCUGGCUAUGAAUCGCCAGCUGCUCUACAACGACUUCAUCAACCCGUUCCUGGAGCCGAAGGACGUGUACGUCGUGCACUACCUGCGGCUUAAGUGCCUGCUGCGUUCGCUGUGGCGUCGCAAAUUCGACUACGAAGCCAAAGGCAACAUGGGAGAGUGGCGCAACGAGGUGGAAUCUAUGAUAAAUGCGUAUGAUAUGUUAAAGGGUGACCUCCCGGUAGGCCACAAGUUGUGGCCCAAGCUUAAGCACUUCUUCCAACGUGCUAUCAAGGACAAAUCUGAUGCAGAGGCUAGGAGCAGUAUCUCUUGGUCGACGGAGUGCGCGCGGAUAUUCAAGCCGGAGCUUGCGGAGCUGUUCAUGCUAGUGGUCGCCUCCGAAAUCGCCCUGGAUGUCGGUGUUGAGUCCAAAUUGUCAGCUCGCAACCUUAAAGGCAACCUCAACGGCGUUGAUUUGAUCGCCCGCUUCGGGCUGAAGAAGGGCUUGCUUGUGUUCGCGCGCACCAAGUUCGUCGCGACACCCCACUGUCUGCUCGACUGGUUGCGUCACGAGCUCGAGUCCACCGCGCGGUUCUCUAGCGACUACACGCCAGCAGUGACGCAUGACCCCGAACUGGAGCUGCUCAAGAAGAUCCGCCACUCACUGAUGCCCCCGAUGUCCCUGUCAUACUACUACACCGAGUUCCCCUAUCUGCUGCCCAACAGCCUGAACAAUCUGCAGUGUCUGACUGUCGCGCUGACGUCGUCGGUCACGGCCGACAUCCGCUACGUGUUCGAUGUGGGAAGGUCUGACGCAUUUAGGUGGCUAGUUUUCGAGUAUAUAUCGUUUGAGAACUGGCUGCACCUCCGUAUCAGGCAGCUGGAGGAGGCCGAUGCUCCCGAACGGUCCAGCGUGAGCGACGUUCAGGCAGUUGAGGAAACAAGCGUCAAGCAAGAUGGCAAGGCAAAACUGAUCCACAAACGGCAGGGCAAGAUGUUAUCGGAAUUUUUGGAGUUCAUCGACCUGGCCACUAUCAAGGUGCCGGAAGGGGAAGGAGCCGACGCUGCGCAGGCUGAUGCUCGCCUCAGGAUGCUUCAGAAUCGCCAGUUCAGACAGGCGAUGCUGCUGGACAUAAUCCCACCGCACUACUCCCAUUUCGUUGGCCACUCGCACCUGUGGUCACAGUAG